AUGGAUCAUCGACCACAGGCUUGGGGCCGUCCUCGCGACGAUGUCUACGGAGCUUACGAUCACUCGUUCAUGCACACCAACAGCCACCCCAACCAGCACACCCAGCAGCCCCUCGUGACGGGUACCUCAGUCCUCGCCGUCAAGUACAAGGAUGGCGUCGUCAUCGCCGCCGAUAACCUGGGCUCCUAUGGGUCCUUUGCUCGCUUCACCGACAUCAAGCGUCUACACACCUUCCAGGACACUUCCGUCGUCGGCUUCUCGGGCGACAUUUCCGACAUGCAGUACAUCACCCGUCACCUGCACCAAAAGUCCAUCGAGGAGUCGUACGCAUCGUCCAGCGCCAGCAGGAAGUCCCGCCUGUCGGCGGCCAACCUCCACACGUAUCUCUCCAAGAUGCUCUACCGCCGUCGCUCCAAGAUGGACCCGUUGUGGAAUCAUAUGCUCGUGGUAGGCUUCGACGACGACGAGAAGCCGUUUGUCGGCAGCGCGGACUUGUUAGGCACCACCUUCACUGCGCCCACGCUCGCGACUGGCAUCGGUAGCAUGCUGGCGCAGCCCCUGCUCCGCACCUACGCGGGCACCGACGAGGAAGCCGCAGAGCGCACAAAGGAGGAGGCCAUCAAGGUCAUCCAGGAGUGCAUGAAGGUUCUCUUCUACCGUGACGCCCGCAGUCAGGAGACAUACUCCCUAGCGGUUGUGUCUCGCGAGGGCGUGGAGAUGAAGACCAGCGAGAAGCUCGAGAACAUGAGCUGGGCCUUUGCCGACCGCAUCAAGGGAUACGGAACGCAGACCGUCUGA